AUGCCUGCGCCUUUAAUUUUAAGUGAAGAGAAGGACGAGAUAUUGCUCUCAUGCAGAUACGGAGAGCUCGAAGAUGUCCAAGGCUACGUUGAAAAAUUUGGCGCAGAGUCUCUGGCUCAAAUUCGCGAUGAUAAUGGGAACACUAUCCUACAUAUGAUUAGUGGGAAUGGCCAUACCGAUCUCCUCAAAUACCUACUACCUCUCAUACCUCCAUCACUUUUAUCAACACCAAAUGACGCUGGUUCGACACCACUUCAUUGGGCAGCGCUAAAUUCCCAUCUAUCCAUCGCAAAAGAGCUUGUGCUCUUCCCUUCAGGCCCCGGUGUGGAUCUGAUAGAUAUAAAAAAUUCUGCAGGGCAUUCGCCGCUUGCGGAAGCGGAGCUCGCCGGAUGGCAGGAAGGUGCGAAGUGGUUAGUUGAGGUGAUGAACUUGGAGGCUGUCGCGGUAGCGGAGGAGAAUGGGGCCGAGGAUGUGGGUGAUUCGGACACAGUAGAUCCGCAUCAAGAUGUCCAAGUGGAAAUAGAGGACGCCGAUGGACAGAUAGCGAAAAUGACCAUCAGUGGGUCAACUAUCGGUGGAUAG